AUGGGACACCCAACUUGUCAUUUUGAGGGACAUCUCAACUCACCAAUAACAGACGAUGAAGUCAGAUUCAUACUUAAUCACGACAAAUUCUUUUGUUUACGACACAAAAGACUCAAGGACUUUUUCAAUUCUCAAUUUAAAAGCCUAGUUCCUUAUUUUGAGUAUGACGGCUGCUAUUGGUCUCUGAUGGAAGAAGUCAUCUCAACAUGUAAAUUUAAAGUUCCCCAAGAAGAGCCGGAUUAUAGUUUGAGGAUUAUAUACGAGGCAUCGAUUUGGAACACAAGAAUACAUCAUGAAAGCUAUUACGGAACCGAGAUGGAUGUAUCAGAAGAACUGGACAACUUCGGAGCUAUUCUCCAGGAAAGUACAGUCCAAGACUUGUACAGAGUCAAGACACGAGUGGAACAUAUUAAGAGUCUCCUAACCAAUGUAGAACACACUCUAGGAGAGUUUCACAUUCUAUCCGACAAUCUGAUAGUUGAGAAAGAACUAACAAUUCUUACCAAGAAUGGGAAGAGUUAUCUUUACCCUACAACGUUACUUAUGUGUGUACUAGACAAUCUCCAAACCAGAUUCUAUGUUAGACUCCAUAUUGCUAUGAAAGAAAAGAUUGAAAACAUUCCCGGCCUAAUAAACCACUAUAACAAACUCCACAAGGUAAUCAUUAGACUUAGAGGUAAAUACAAAAAUAGUUUCUUUGAAAUCAUGAAGAACUGGGAUGCUUAUUGCAUUGGUGUAAUUGUUGCGGACGAAAUGGAAGAUUUAGGAUUUCGCAACCUCCGAGACUCUAUUGAAGAGGAAUUGUUACAUAAGUUCAGUAAAUAUGAUGUAAGAGAGAUAUUAGAUCUCAUGACAUGCAUGGGAGUAUCGAACCAACGAGACACUUAUGGGCCCUUAGCCUUGUACUUCUCCAAUUUGAGUAAGAACUAUGGACAUCCAGUGCUCCACCCUUUAGAAGGGAUUGAAAAACUAAGAUCUAAUUCCAAAAAAGAGAUUGAUGUAGAUGAUCUAAUAGCAAAAAAGGUCCUUUGGAUGUUCAGGAAAACUUACUUUACCAAUUUUUUCAGGAAAAAGGGCCACUAUCCUAAUCAUAAAGUAAUAGGGGAGUUAAACCCAAUUUUAGCAGAAUGUCUCAAGGAUGAAAGAGUAUUAACAAAUAAUGAAUCUAAGUCAGUACCAUUAUCAGCUUGGGAGAGUCUCAAGCUCGAAAAAAAUCACGACAUGAAUUCAGAAAUUGAUGAAAAGGAACUUCUGAAAGACACAGCGUGUUCGCCUCCACGGGAAACAAGUCUUGUCUGGAUCACAUUUUCACUAAUUCUACAAAACCAGCAAUCGUAUAGUCUGUGA